AAAAUUUCAAGAACUGAUCUGAGAUGGCUGUCAGCCCUAUCAUCAUCUGCCUCUUGUCACUGAUUGGCUAUGGCUCUUCCCACCCGUCUCCUCCUCCUCGGGGAUGCAGUGAGGAUGUGGACCCUCCGUACAGAGUGCUGUGUGACCUGGAGUCAGUCUGGGGUGUGGUUCUGGAGGCCGUGGCCUGCAGCGGUGGCGUCAGCUCUCUGGUCCUCGCUGUGCUCCUCCUAGUUAAGCUGCGCUCCAUUUCCGACCCCGCCAGGCGCUCCGGAAUGGGACCUCUUCUCCUGCUCCUGGGCACGCUCCUCGGGCUCUUCUCCAUCUCUCUGGCUUUCCUGGUUGGGAAGAACCAGGCGCUCUGUGUGGUCCGCAGGGCCUUCUGGGGGCCCCUUUUUGCCCUCUGCUUCUCCAGCUUGCUUGUGCAGGGUGUGAGGCUCAGGAGGCUGGUGGCGGGGAAAACGAGCCCAUCAGGCAGCUCCCUGGCAGCGCUCGGUCUGGCCUUGGCCUUGGUUCAGGGGAUCAUCUCUGCUGAAUGGGUCUUGCUGACUGUAGUUAGGGAGCGUCACCCAGCCUGCGAAUAUCCGCCUUUAGACUUUGCUCUGACAUGCAGCUACACCCUGGGUCUGCUCCUCAUAGCCAUGGGGCUUUCUCUGGGGGUGGUGCUGUGUGGGGGAGAGAUGGGGUCAGAGGGAGCAGGUGGGAGUGAAGAAGAUAGAGAAGGAGAGAGUGAAAAACGGAGAUGGAAGUGUAACGCCGUCUGGAUCUUCCUGUCCAGUCUGGCAUCAGCAUUGCUAUGGGUGGCCUGGCUAGGGUUUUAUCUUUAUGGCAGCCAAACACUGAGGGUAAAGGGGAAAGGGGAAAGGUUAGGAGGAGGAGGAGGAAAAAAGGAUGUAAAGGUGUUGGAUGAGCCUGCGCUGGCUGUGGCCCUAGUCAUUCAGGGCUGGAUCCUGCUGCUGUUCCAUGCUAUUCCAGAGGCCCACCUGUGUCUCCGGAAACCUCCACAAUCCAACACGCAAGACUUCUUCGACACAAGUCACACGUCCCCUCCUCCACAUUUUGGAGAUGAGCUCCCUGCACACACACACCGACCCUUCCCAGAAAACCAGGCCUUUUCCAUGGAGGAGCACGGUGCAACUCUCCGUACUGGAACAUACCACAGCAGCCACGGGAGUGUCCGUCUGGGCAUCGCCUUCAGAGGCCACGUCUACCAGCCCACUGAGAUGGCUCUGGUCAUGAAUGGUGGAACAAUGCCCACAGCCCCAAUUAACUACACUGGACGACGGUUAUGGUGA